AUGAUUCGCCCAAGAGGCCCCGUGCUUGUCUUCAAGCAAAACACUAAAAGAGAGUCUGGGCGAAAGGCCCAGCUCGCCAACAUCCAGGCGAGAAAGGCCAUAGCGGACAUUGUGCGAACCACUUUGGGUCCUUCUUCGAUGCUCAAAAUGCUGCUGUGUAGUGUCCAGGGCGAGCAAGGCCAUAGCGGACAUUGUGCGAACCACUUUGGGUCCUUCUUCGAUGCUCAAAAUGCUGCUGUGUAG